UAUAACCCCUUUGACCGUAAUAUAAAAUACUAUGAAGACUUUGUCCAUUGUGACAAGUUUAGUCAGCGUACUACUCUGUACAAAUACAGCUCUUGCCCUCCAGCCUUAUUGCCAACCUGGCUAUAAGUUUACUACAACAGAAGGCAAAGAGUAUCAGUUGGAUCUAUCUAAACUGAACAAAGAGUUCAGCAUUAAUCAAACUGAAUCGACACCGCCUUCGAUAACAAAUGUUAUAACACAAAUCAAUAUCUGCGACAAACUUCCUCCCAAGCCCGACAACUCCAAAGACAAUGAGUUCUGUGCUCCAAAUUCUUAUGUAUGUAGACGAACUUUAAUCACUAAAGAUGACAAAGAAAUCGUGUAUACCGUGCAGACUAUUGCUAGUGACAAUAACAAGAAGUUAAAUCCAGUUUUUAAACCAAUUGACUCAAAAGCAGAUCCUAGUGACACUGGUUUCGACUACAGUAUCACUUUGGAAGGCGGUGAAUAUAACAAAAUACCUCAGUCUGCUGUUAUCACUUUAGAAUGUGAUCGAUCACAGUCCAGAAAUGACGACCCAUCAAACCCUGAAAUUGUAUCCUACACAAAUAAUGUACUAUCUCUUCAUUGGAAGACUGUCUUUGCAUGCGCCACCAAGGCCGGGGAAAAGGCACCCGAUAAUAAUGAUGGAGAUAAAAAGGAGAACGGCAAUAGCGGUAAUGACGGCGAGGUAAAGAAGGGAAUGUCAGGUAUUGGCAUUUUCUUCACCAUUAUUAUGGUUUUGGGUGCAGUUUAUUUUGUCGCAGGAGCAAUCUACAAUUUCAAGAUGUAUAAUGCAAGAGGUUUAGAUCUUAUCCCCCAUCGAGAUUUCUGGCUGGACCUUCCCUAUUUAAUCAAGGACCUUAUUGCUCACGUUAUCGAUUCUGUUAUGUCGCGUCGUCGCGGUAGUGGAGGCUACGUUUCUGUUUAGAUGAUUCCAAUACUUUUUUUAUUUGCUGGUACUCUAAUUAAUAAAUUAUUUUUCUCCAGCAAAA